GUUUCGCAUCACGACUGCCAUUCAAUUAGCACAAGGGCGACCGUCCUUGCUCUGCCUGCCGCCUGCUACUUGCCUAGCCAUUUCAGCCAAACCCAGGUCGUGGCGCGCAAGCAGCACUUGCAGCAGCAGCGGCUAUGGUAACGUAAGCAAGUGGCAACGCAAGCGAACUAGCUCGUGGCCCCUGGUGACGGCGGUGUCGGCCAGCUGCGCGUCAGCCAGCGCAAAUGAAGCUGCUCGCCAAGCAGAUCAUCAAGGAGGGGCCGGGGUGGGCCAAGAUGGUGCCGGAGGAGGGCGAGGACCUGUGGCACGCCUACAACCUGAUCCUGGAGGGCGACCGCGUGGAGGCCACCACCUUCCGCAAGGUGCAGAAGGACCUGGGCACGGGCAGCGAGAGCGAGCGGGUCAAGCUGAAGCUCAUGGUGGCGGUGCAGGGGGUGGAGUACGACGCAGAGGGCCAGCAGAUACGGCUCAAGGGGCGGAACCUGACAGAGAACGAGCACGUGCGGCUGGGCGCCUACCACACCAUUGAGCUGGAGCUGCACCGCGCCUUCACGCUGCACAAGGAUGUGUGGGACUCUGUGGAUGUGGAGCGGGUGCGCACCGCCUCCGACCCGGCCGCCUCUGCUGACCUGGCGGUGCUGCUUAUCACGGAGGGCCUGGCGCACCUGUGCCUGGUUGGCUCCACCUGCACCCUCACCCGCGCCAAGGUAGAGGCCAACGUGCCGCGCAAGCGGGGCGCGGCGGCGGCGGGGUACGACAAAGCCAUGGACAGCUUCUACGACAAGGUGUUUGCCGCCGUGGUGCGUCACGUGGACUGGGACAUCGUGCGGUGCCUGGUGAUCGCGGGGCCGGGGUUUGCCAAGGACCAGUUUCGGGAGUACCUGGACAAGGAGGCGCAGCGGCGCGAGCUGCGCACCCUCAUGCUCAACAAGUCCAAGAUCCUGCUGGCCUCCGCCUCCUCGGCAUACAAGCACUCCAUCAAGGAGGUGCUGGCUAGCAGCGUGGUGGCUGGGCAGAUCAAGGACACCAAGGCGGCCAAGGAGGUGCAGGCCCUGGCGGACUUCAUGACCAUGCUGGCGCACGACUCCAGCCGAGCCUUCUACGGGCCCGGCCACGUGCACGCUGCGCACGAGAUGGGGGCGAUACAGACCCUGCUCAUCACCGACUCCCUGUUCCGGACCAGCGAUGUGAAGAAGCGCAAGCAGUUUGUGCAGCUGGUGGAUGAGGUGACGGCAGGCGGCGGCACAGUGCACGUCUUCUCUGGCAUGCACGCCUCGGGCGAGCAGCUCAACCAGCUGACCGGCAUCGCCGCCAUCCUGCGCUUCCCGCUGCCAGACCUGGAGGAUGCGGAGUUUGAGGCGGACUGGUGACUGCCCUGCCGCGCUGCUGAUCCCGGAGGCCCGGGGGCGCAGCCCCUGGCCUGUGGCCCACCAGCGACCCCGCUGGCGACCGACUAGUGACCUGCCACAGGCCGGCUGGUGACACUCCGGAGCCGUGCCGACCCAGGGCCGCCCGCGGGUGUGGCAGGCCGAUGGCCGGCUGGUGCGGAAUGGCGCGGCUGGCUGGCGAUAGCCUGCUGCAAGACUAGCAGAUUCCCAUUUGGCAACGCCGCGACCCCCCUUGCAAUUCUCUCCUGUGCGCCUCCCAUGCAACGACAGCACGCUGAUGCAACAAGGCUUACAGUA